CCUUUUUCAUGAGUACAUCUCCCCCUCUCUCUAGCUUUUCAUUCUCUCUCUUAUUCUGCAAACCUUGUUUUCAUUCGGAUUUUCAUGUAUUAAAGUGUGUCCAAAUGCUUUCUUUCUAUCUCUUUUCAAUAGAGUGAGCAUUAUUGUUCAAUUUCGUGUUCCACUCUCUCAUCAUCUCCUAUUCUCCAUUUUAGCUAUAACCUUUCUUUUUUUGUUUUUCUUCCAAGUUCUCUGCUCCAAGCUUUUAACAUUUCUCUGCCUCUCUGUUCUGCACAUAUUCCAAUUUCCAAAACAUAUUGGGAAGAGAUAAAGAAUGAAGAAAUUUGUGCUCAAGUUGGAUUUGCCAGAUGACAAGGCUAAACAGAAGGCCCUGAAAACAGUGUCAACACUUCCAGGGAUUGAUGCCAUUUCCAUGGACAUGAAGGAGAAGAAAUUAACAGUGGUAGGAACUGUAGAUCCAGUCACUGUAGUGAGCAAAUUGCGCAAAUACUGGCAAGCAGAUCUAGUCUCUGUAGGACCUGCAAAGGAGCCUGAAAAGAAAGAGGAACCAAAGAAAGAAGAACCCAAAAAAGAGGAAGAGAAGAAAGAUGAGCCAAAGAGUGAAGAACCCAAGAAAGAAGAGGCGAAGAAGGAAGAGCCAAAGAAAGAAGAAGAGAAGAAAGAUGAAAAGAAAGAAGAGGAGAAAAAGAAAGAGCAACCAGCUCAAAUUGACCCUGUUUUAGAGUGGGUCAAGGCUUAUAGGCAAUAUAAUCCCCACAUGACCACAUAUUACCAUGUUCAAAGCAUGGAAGAGAAUCCGAAUGCUUGUGUGAUUUGUUAAGGGGAACAUGAGGGAAAGACAUAUAUAUAAUCUUUCUCAACGUGUAAUGGAAUCAGUACUUCUCUUUCAUGAAUUAUAGGAGGCCACCACAACCAAAGAAGAGAGAACUCUUGUGUAUAUAAUUUGGUGAUGCCCCUCCUUAGGUUUUUUGAGCCAUUAGUAUUGUGUAGAGAGAAGGAAUAAAAUUUUGGGAUAUUUUUAUUAAGAUUGACACAAAUGUAAUUCAUAUUAUUUUUCCUCA